CUUAAUGCCUGUGUGGAUACCCGUCAGCCACCAGCGCCAUCUACCUCACCGCCUCCGAUUUCAGCCGACGAGCCCAUGAUUACGGACACCUACCAUCUCACUCCCGCCGAACGCACCCGCCGACUUGCUGCCAACCUAUGUCUCUACUGUGGACACCCGAAUCACCGCCUCAACACCUGUCCUGUCCGGCCCCCGCGCCCAGCGACGCGGAACUACCCCCCCCACCUCCCGAGAUCGAACCCACCGAGAACGUCUACCGGGUCCAGGAAAUCCUCGGCUCUCGGCGACGGGGCAACCGCCUCCAGUACCUAGUGGACUGGGAGGGAUUCGGCCCUGAGGAGCGGUCGUGGGUAAGCCGCGAUGACAUCUUGGACCCGACGCUCCUCCAAGACUUCCACCAGGCCCAUCCAGAAUGCCCAGCUCCACGUCCCCGUGGCCGUCCCCGUCGCCGUUCGCGGGUGCCAGGAGGCACCCGUAGAGGGGGGGGUAGUGUCACAAACACACCCACCAGAUCACCGUCUCCCACGCCAAUCACCCGCUCAUCAUCUCCGGAAUUCUAGCCACCUGUUCACCACACCUGUUAGUAAUUAACUCACCUCCACAUAUACUCCAGAAACCCAGUCUUUCCUCGGCUGGGAUUGAUGUUACGUUCACCUGCUUCUGUCUGCACUCUCGAACUCGUUCUUCCUGUGACUACCCCUGCUGAUACGGACUACCCACAUUUGAGUAUUUGUU